AUGAAAAUGGAUGGAUCUGAUAAUGCUGAGUACCUAAACAAUUAAAUGAUAAUUCUUUAAGAGACAACUAGUAAAAAAGAAAGAAAUCUACAAAGAAAAGCGAAAAAGAUACAUGUUCUAAACACUUAAAAAAAAACAGAGAGUUUAAAAAGAAAUCUCAAUUUAGACUCGACAGAUACUACAUCUAUAAAAUAAAAAGUUAUUAAAAAAAGAAAUAAAAUCUGUGAAAAUAAUAAAUAAAGAAAGUCAUGGAGUGUUAAAGAAGAUCAACAAUUAAAGCUUGCUUUGGAAUUAUAUGGAACAAAUUGGAUUCAAAUAGCAACCACAAUGGGGAAUCGCAAUCCAUCUUAAUGUGCUUAGAGAUGGAAAAGAAUAAAACCAUAAGAUGUAUUAAAUAAGAAUAAAUUAUAGUAAAAAAAAAGAAAACACUUCAAUAUUGAAGAGGACCAACUUAUAUUGGAUUUAGUUAAGAAAUAUAGGAGAAAUUGGAGUAAAAUUGCCAAAUUUCUACCUGAAAAAACGAGUAAAUAAAUUAGAGAGAGAUUUAUUAAUAAACUUAAUCCUUAAAUCAUAUUCAAACCGUUUACUGAUGAAGAAGAUCAAAUCAUAAUCAAUGCUUAUAAGGAAAUAGGUUCAAAGUGGACUAAAAUUUAAGGCCUUUUAGUUGGUAGACCUGUAAAUAUUAUUAUCUUAAUUAUAAGGAAAAUAUGAUCAAAAAUCGAUUUUACUCUUAUUUGAGAUAGAAAUUUUUGAAUAUUCAAAACCCUUAUUAUACAAUCCACUAAAAAAAAGUUAUAAAGAAUAAAAAUUAGCAAUCUUAAAAUAACCAAUUGUAAGAUAUGACUGAAGAAAAGUAAUUCAUAUAAUCUGAAUUCUAAAAAGAAAAUUAAGGAACUUAAAAUUAAUGUAAUAAUAAUAAUGAAAUCUAAACUUAAGAGGCCUUUUAAACAAAUCAACAUUUUUAAACUCCUUGUCAAAUAUUUAAUGGAAAUUUCACUUGUAAUAAAUAUCAAUUUAAUUAGAUCCUUAAUAUUAAUAUUAUUAAACUCCUGUUGCUCUAUUUUAUACUUAGUAAUAUGGUUUUCCAAUAAACAUUCCAUUAUUGAAAUAAAACCAAUUCAAUAGUUCGAAUAUUGAUUAUUAACAACCGAUUUUUGGAUAAAACGUGACGCAUUAAAUCGUUUUUUUGUCAAAUUCUUGA